AUGCCUGAGAUUCAUAGUGUGAAUUCAAGGUUUGAAAGAUACACUACUCCGAACCUGCUGGAAAGAGACUUCCCUUCGGCAGUAUCAGUUGAUUCGUUCGAUUCUAUGGAUAAUAAGAAGGAACGGAUACAAGAUGUAGGUUCUAACGCACAACAAGGUGUGGAGCGAUAUAAGGACAGUCAGAAGAAGUCAGCUGGGGAGUACAAUAGCGACGAGGAUACCAUUUAUUUUAAACCUAGGAAAAUAUACCGGUUAGAACAGGAAUCAGGGUCACGGCAAACCUUGGUUAGGGUAUAUUCUGAUACUGAGAAAUCUAAUUUUAAUCAGGUUACUGGGAAGAGGAUGUUUGACGAUUGGAAAUACCGUCCUAUAUAUCACUAUGGGGACGUGCGACAGCGAGACAAUGAUGGAUUUGGACUAGCGAAGCAUUGUAGUGACAUUCGGAGGCGAUUUUCUACUACUGAGCCUGAAAAUGGGAAUAUGACUUGGGACCCUGCCACUGGUAACAUCCGUUCACCAAAUGGCGAUAUGCAAGAUGAGUAUAUUCCUGGUUUUGAUUUUGCGGCCGCCGUGAAAAUAUGGGAAGUCGACGACGAUAAGGGAUCGAAUCCAGGGACUAGCUAUAAUGUUUGGUCUGAGGAAGAAUCUGAUUAUAAUUUAGAUAGUGCCUCUUCAUCCGGAUUUGUAGAGUCCAGUCAUGCUCAAGUGUCGCCCAUCCCGUUCCCUAUGAACUCCGAUGCACAGCCUGUGCCUAAUAAUUCAUUGUCAAUACUUAACAAAACACUUGGACAGCGUGCAGGAUCACGUUUUAUUUCACCAAGCAAUGCUGGGUCCAAGUUUAGUCGCUCGCGUUCCACCUAUGAUUGGGGAUCGUUGUUAUCGGUAUAUUCCGCUGGUUCUUUCAGCGAGAACCUGACAAGAGAUGAAAUCAAAGCCAUUACUGAGAAAAUUCCUGAGGAUUUCCUGUUGCUACCAUAUACUCAACGUAAGAGGCUAGUACUUGAAAUUGCACCUGAUAAAGACUAUAAAACAAUAAUGCACUUGUUUAAAAAGUACCAUAUGGGUAGCGGAACAAGCUUAACGAGACUGAAUACGCAAACGAUGAAACGUUCCAGGCAAGGUUCUUUGGCAUCCCAAUAUUUGAGCUCGUUAACGCCUUCAUCUUCAUCGUUUAAACCUGACGAUCGAGGUUCGAUUGUAUUAGGCCACAGAAUGGGUAAGAUAAUCGGCUUUGGGGCAUGGGGUAUGAUCCGGGAAUGUUAUGAGGUAAAGGGUAGUAGUACGAGCAUUUUAUCUCCUACAGAAACUCAGCCAUCCACUCCCAAAGCGAUCAAGGUUGUUAAAUUCAAGAAUAACGGAAGGGUGAAACGCCAGGUUUUACGUGAAAUAUCUAUAUGGAAAAAGUUGCGGCAUCCUAAUAUUCUAGAGCUACUAAACUGGAAAUUUGAAGAUGAUUACGCUGCGUAUUGCUUGACUGGUAAAGUUCAAGAUGGUACUUUAUAUGACUUAGUCAGCUCGUGGGGCCAUUGCUCUUCCAGUUCGAUUCUCCUUGCAGAAAGGUGUCGGCAGACUAUUGCAUUAUCACUUCAGCUAAUCUCCGCUUUAAAAUACAUGCACUCGAAUUACAUAGUGCAUGCAGAUAUAAAACUUGAGAACUGUUUACUUGAACGAUUAAGUGCGGAUUCCUAUCGGCUAUAUGUUUGUGAUUUUGGGAUGAGCUGUUAUUUCGGCAAUAAAAGAGUUAAUAAUGAACAUGAUGAUCCUAAUGAAAGUAUUGAAUUUGCUUCGGCGAUUGAUGGGAAACUAAUAAAAACAAAGCGGCGACCAGAAGUUCCAAAAUCCGUCUCUAACAGUAACGUCAAAUCCAUCACUCGAAUGCAAAAACUCUUAAUGAAUAAAAAAUUGACGCACGAUGACACGCCUUUGGGCAUAUCUUCAUUUCCUAAACAAUUUGGACCCUCCUUAACUAGUACUAUUAUGUCCCCAUCACAUGGAAUUUUUAAACGCGAUUCCCCCCGCUGUCAAACGUCAAAUGAAAAAUCCGAACCUUGUGAUGUAUCAACCAAUGACUUUAGCAAAAGUAUUGAGCCGCAUUCCCAUAUUGGUUCGUUACCAUAUGCAGCCCCAGAGCUAAUUGAUCCAAGUCCUCCUCCUUUAGGGCCCAGUGCCGAUAUUUGGGCUAUUGGCGUGACAAUGUUCACAAUGCUUACAGGAAAACUACCUUUUAAACACGAAUACGAACCUCGACUACGAGCUAUGAUCUCAUCAGGUAAAUAUGAUGUGAAGUUACUAGGAUUCGUUUGCAAUUUGAAACACGCUCAGAGCCGCAAAAAGAAUAAAAAUGAUGGGGAAGUAAAGUUCUAUGGGUUAUAUAAUGGAGUUCGCGGAUGUUUGACGAAGGACAUGACGCAAAGGUGGGAAUUGGACAUGGUAAAGGUUGCGUUACAUGAAAAUAAUCCUAAUUGA